UCCUCACAGGUGCUUAAAGGAAGCCGGCUGUACCUGAGCGUCCGUCUCUCCCGGCAGCCCGGCCGCCGACUAGCUGCCGACGCCGGCGGGGGCAGCCCGGUUUCCCGCGCCUUCCGCGUCAGAGUACAUAUAUUGAAGCUAGAGACAAGAUAUUUUUGUCAUUUCUGAAUUGAAGUUAAAACGUAUGGCAAUGAAGAAAGAGACAGAACUUGGGAUUUUCAUCUAAAGAAAAUGAUAGACACCAACCAAACCUGUACUGCCGGACAGGACUCUGUGCCCUACCUGACUUGCAUGAUUCAUGUACUCGAAGAGUGGCUGGGUGUGGAGCAACUGGAAGACUAUUUGAAUUUUGCCAACCAUCUCUUAUGGGUUUUUACCCCACUGAUACUUUUGAUACUUCCUUACUUUACUAUCUUUCUUCUCUACCUUACUAUUAUUUUCCUCCACAUCUAUAAGAGGAAGAAUGUAUUAAAAGAAGCCUACUCUCAUAAUUUAUGGGAUGGUGCGAGGAAAACUGUGGCAACUCUAUGGGAUGGACAUGCAGCGGUUUGGCAUGGUUAUGAAGUUCAUGGGAUGGAAAAGAUACCGGAAGGACCAGCACUUAUAAUUUUUUAUCACGGAGCUAUUCCCAUAGACUUUUACUACUUCAUGGCUAAAAUUUUCAUCCACAAAGGUAGAACUUGCCGAGUAGUAGCUGACCACUUUGUCUUUAAAAUCCCAGGGUUCAGUUUAUUGCUUGAUGUAUUUUGUGCUCUUCAUGGACCAAGAGAAAAAUGUGUUGAAAUCCUAAGAAGUGGUCACUUGUUAGCCAUUUCACCAGGUGGAGUUCGAGAAGCCUUACUUAGUGAUGAGACCUACAACAUCAUAUGGGGUAAUCGUAAAGGCUUUGCUCAGGUUGCAAUUGAUGCAAAAGUGCCCAUUAUUCCUAUGUUUACACAAAAUAUUCGAGAAGGAUUUAGAUCACUUGGAGGAACAAGAUUGUUUAAGUGGCUUUAUGAAAAAUUCCGCUACCCAUUUGCUCCAAUGUAUGGAGGUUUUCCUGUAAAGUUGCGGACCUACUUAGGUGAUCCCAUUCCAUAUGACCCAAACAUAACAGCAGAAGAAUUAGCUGAAAAGACCAAGAAUGCUGUUCAAGCUUUGAUUGAUAAGCACCAAAGGAUACCAGGGAACAUUAGGAGUGCUCUGCUGGAACGCUUUCAUAGAGAGCAGAAGACUAAUUAGCAGAAGAGUUAAUGUGUCUGUAGUGACAAGCUAGCAUCUAUGGUACUGUCUUUUAAAUUUUUGUAGGUUGUAUAUAGUGUUUUUAAAACAUGUUAAUAAGCAUCUUUCUUAGAGCUUAUUUAUUUAAACUUAUAUUGUUAAGCUUGUCUUUUCAAUCAGUUGUGUCAAAUUUAAUAAGUAACUCAUCACUUGCUUGACUCAAAAAACGAUCAUGUUACAUUUGCAAUCUUAAGUAGUAUAUGAUAAACAUAGUUUUAAGGUUAAGACUUUUUUUUUCCUAUCAGCAGUUUAGCUUAAGCAGACUUUUCUAAGUUUUGCUUCUUAUGUCUAUGCCCAUUACGCCAAUAUGAUAAUAAGAGAGUCCAUGUGUUAGAGUGUAGUACUUAAUUUAGAUGAGAAAUGCCUUUAUGUAUCUGUCCUUCAUUCCAUUCACAACUUCAGGUGAGUUGUGGAAUGCUUUGCACUUCAGUGACUUAUUUUAAGCAUGAUAAGACUGUGGUGAACAUUAUUUUAAGUUGCUUAUGUCUGUUGUGUUAGAUAUCUGUAGUAAGUGCUAGAACUGAAUUUAUUCCUGAAUCCUGUAGGAGGUAUGUCCAUUUUUGUUCAUUGGAUGUUGAAACUACUCCUUCAGGUGUAAUGUCCAGUUGCCAAGCACAUUGAAAGAGAUGUGCUGUUUUAUAAAUCAAAUCAUUGUUGUUUGUAAUAUUUAUUUACUGAAUUGCUUAGUAUUUAUUUUAAACAAGUAUCUAAGUAAAUAUAUAGGGUGAGUUGUCAGUACGGUGUUUUAUGGUGUAAAGAUAAAAUCAUGGUUAUGCUCUGUACUUUGUGUUAGAAGCUGAUUCUAGGCUGAGGAAUAACAAGCUAAGAACACUGUGGUCUUGCUCAGUAUCAUGGCUCAUUUUACUGGGCUUUGCAGCCAGUCAUGUGGCUUAUUAUUUCAAUGAAAUGUACUUGAAUGAUGAGUUUCUGUAAACAUGGAGCCCUCUGAAAAUGUCAUGGUUUUUGAUUUGUUGUCUUCUUGAAAAUUGAUUUUAAAAGUAUUUAAACAACAAAGUAUCAUGAAUCUACUGCAGUAUGUCUCCUUCCACCUUUGUAGUACUUGGGUUUUGUAUGGCCUUUUAAGUUACAAGUGUAUAGUUAUGAGAUAUAUAUAUAUAUAUGUAUAUAAUGUAUAUAGAAAUGAUGUGAAAAUAAAGCUGAAUAUUCAUUCUUUUG